AUGGUUUAUAAGUCCUGGCUGUGUUCUCAGUACUUCCAGACCACCCAGAUACACUGCACCAAUCGAAUCCCCUGUGGCCAGUACUGCCUGGAGGUUCAACAGCGCUGCCCCUUUGUCCUCCCUGACAAUGAUGAUCUCAUUCAUGGAGGCAGCCCAAGUUUUGUAUGUACAGGGUUGCUGGAGGACUACCCAUCAGGUGUUGACCCAAAUGCAGAGUGUUGCGACGUACGGUGGGAUACAAAAGUGGACAACCGUUCCAGAGGGACCCUCAAAAGAACUCAUCCGCCAUGCCAGCAUCGUACCUCCCUUAGCUCUUCAGCAGCCUGCAGACUGUGUAACAGCCGGCUUAAACUCUGCCUGCUGGUCCUUGUCCUCCUACACACUGUUGCCAGCCUCACUGCAUCACACAAUGCAACAGGAAUGGGUCUCCCCACCUUCACGCCUCUGGAGGAGAGUCCCGCCAAUGAGGAGUGAUCAAGCAGCCGAGUGGAUGUGAGGUUGGAAAGGUGGGGAGGAAUUUCCUCACCAUGGCAACCAGCUUGAAAAAUACAGUGAUGGUGGGUGCGUACGGCUGGAGCUGUGUGCCUGUAGACAUACUGCAACACUUUAUGACAAACAAAAACAUAUGGGAAUGCUUUGAAAUGAGUUACGCUUCAAUCAAUCAAAACAAAGAAGUGAUGUAAUAAACAGACUCCCAUACACUAAGGGAUUCAAGUGAUCCCUUAGAUAGGAAAAGGGACAAUGCCACAACCUUUGUUCCUUGUGGCUGAGUUUCUCUAACAAAGCUUUUUUACACUGCGUUCUGAUUAUUGGUUUCUGUUGCUAUGGCUGACUAUAGAAUAACACAAUCAUCUUAUUUUCUUUAUUUCUCCUUUACUGGUUCCCUCAUUCAGGGACAAAUAUGUUCCUCUAAGACAGAAAAUGGGAUAAAUACUUAGCAGCAGGUUUGUGUGUGUUUGUGUGUGUGUGACAGAGAGAUGGAAUGUGUGCAUGUUGCUAUGCCAAAAAGCUUAUUUAAAAUGCUGAUUUCAUGGAGAGCCCUGCAGAAUUUCUCUGCACCACUGUGGGAGGUGGACCAUAUUUCUGUUUGAAGAUCAUUGGGUUUUAUGGGGUUCUGAGUUCCAUUUAAAACGAUUUGACAGCAGCUCAUAGGUAUUUUUAAUUUGAUUUGAGAGAUAAUCAAAAAAUAACAGAAUAGUAUCGAAAUACAUUUCGUGAUUUAAUUAAAGUAAAUACUUGGGCUCAGGAAAUUUUUUAAUA